GCUACCAGGUAACCCGGGCCUGGCCCGGGAGGCUUGGGCGCGCGCAGCCGGCCGCGGCCACGCCAGGGACCCAGGGACGCGGGCAGGGGCGGCCGGCGGCGGCCGGGAGGCUGGGCGAGGGGCACCCCGCUUGUUCACCAUGGUCGAGAGACGCUUCUCUCGGUUCCUGCAGAAGCUCGCCUUCCGGGGCGCGGGCCACCUGUACGAGCCGCUGGAGAGGAGCGAGUUGGAAAUCUUGAUUGGUGGACAAUGUGAGCUGAAGGCCAUCGAGAAAGAGAAAACAGUGGUGGCUCUGUCACCCAAGGAGGCGAGCAAAUGCCACCGAGAGGACUUGGCCAGAGCGUUUUAUGUGGACUUACAGAACGGGCUGUCCGAGUUCUCGGUGUCGCAACGCAGGCUGGUCCAUGGCUGGAAUGAGUUUGUCGCCGAUAACACCGAGCCCGUGUGGAGGAAAUACCUCGAUCAGUUUAAGAACCCCCUGAUCCUGCUCCUCCUGGCCUCCGCCUUGGUGAGCAUCCUCACGAAGGAGUAUGAGGACGCCGUCAGUAUCGCCGCGGCGGUGCUUAUCGUGGUGACUGUCGCCUUCAUCCAGGAAUACAGAUCUGAAAAAUCGUUAGAGGAGUUGACCAAGCUGGUCCCUCCCGAAUGUAACUGCAUCAGAGAAGGAAAACUCCAGCAUUUGCUUGCGCGAGACCUGGUUCCCGGAGACAUCGUGUCUCUCUCGAUCGGAGACCGGAUCCCCGCAGACAUCCGUCUCACUGAGGUCACAGACCUCCUAGUGGAUGAAUCCAGUUUCACGGGAGAAGCAGAGCCGUGCAGUAAGACGGACGGCCCGCUGACGGACGGAGGGGACCUCACCACUCUGAGCAACAUCGUCUUCAUGGGGACCCUGGUGCAGUACGGGAAGGGGCAGGGAGUCGUGAUCGGAACAGGGGAGAGGUCCCAGUUCGGGGAAGUGUUUAAGAUGAUGCAGGCCGAAGAGACGCCUAAAACCCCGCUACAGAAAAGCAUGGACAAGCUGGGGAAGCAGCUGACACUCUUCUCGUUCGGCAUAAUUGGCGUAAUCAUGUUCACGGGCUGGCUACAAGGAAAACAGCUUCUGAGCAUGUUCACGAUUGGGGUCAGCCUGGCGGUGGCUGCCAUUCCGGAGGGUCUGCCCAUCGUCGUCACGGUUACGCUGGUCCUGGGAGUGCUGCGGAUGGCCAAGAAGCGGGUCAUUGUGAAGAAGUUACCGAUCGUGGAGACGUUAGGUUGCUGCAGUGUUAUCUGCUCCGAUAAGACAGGGACCCUGACGGCCAACGAAAUGACGGUCACCCAGCUGGUAACGUCUGAUGGGCUCCACGCCGAGGUCAGCGGAGUUGGCUAUAACGGCAAAGGGACCGUGUGUCUGUUACCCUCAAAGGAGGUCGUUAAGGAGUUUAACAACGUCUCGGUGGGGAAAUUGGUAGAGGCAGGCUGUGUGGCCAACAAUGCCAUCAUCAGAAAAAACGCCGUGAUGGGACAGCCCACGGAAGGCGCCCUGAUCGCCCUGGCAAUGAAGAUGGGCUUAGCUGAUGUUAAAGAUUCCUACGUGAGAAAAAAGGAGAUUCCGUUCAGCUCGGAGCAGAGGUGGAUGGCAGUGAAAUGCAGCCCCAAGACUGCGGACCAGGAAGACGUUUACUUCAUGAAGGGGGCCUUCGAAGAGGUGAUUAAUUACUGUACCUCGUACAACCACGGAGGCCUCUCCCUGCCACUGACGCCCCAGCAGACAGCCUUGUGCCAGCAGGAGGAAAAGAGGAUGGGGUCGCUCGGCCUGCGGGUGCUGGCCCUGGCUUCCGGACCCGAGCUGGGGAGGCUGACUUUUCUGGGUCUCGUUGGCAUCAUCGACCCUCCGAGGGCCGGCGUGAAGGAAGCGGUGCAGGUUCUCCGCCAGUCGGGCGUGUCCGUGACGAUGAUAACGGGAGAUGCUCUGGAGACCGCCUCUGCUAUAGGAAGGACUAUUGGCCUGUGCAACGGGAAGCUGAAAGCCAUGUCCGGGGAGGAGGUGGAGAGCACGGGGCCGGACGAGCUGGCUGGCUGUGUCGGGAAGGUCUCUGUCUUCUUCAGGACCAGCCCAAAGCACAAGCUCAAAAUCAUAAAGGCUUUGCAGGAGUCGGGGGCAGUCGUGGCCAUGACGGGGGACGGGGUGAACGACGCGGUCGCCCUCAAGUCUGCGGACAUCGGGAUCGCCAUGGGGCAGACGGGGACAGAUGUCAGCAAAGAGGCUGCCAACGUGAUCCUGGUGGAUGAUGACUUCUCGGCCAUCAUGAACGCGGUGGAGGAAGGCAAGGCGAUUUUUCAUAACAUCAAAAACUUCGUGCGGUUUCAGCUGAGCACGAGCAUCUCGGCCUUGAGCCUCAUCGCUCUGUCCACCGUGUGCGACCUGCCCAGCCCGCUCAACGCCAUGCAGAUCCUGUGGAUCAACAUCAUCAUGGACGGGCCGCCGGCGCAGAGCUUGGGGGUAGAGCCGGUUGACAAAGACGCCCUCCGACAGCCACCGCGGAACGUCAAGGACACGAUUCUCAGCAAAGCCCUGAUCCUGAAAAUCCUCCUGUCGGCUGCUGUCAUCAUCAGCGGGACCCUCUUUAUCUUCUGGAAAGAGGGACCCGAUGCCCCUGCCGCUUUCUAUGGUCACCAGGAAACAAUUUGCAAUCUAUUAGAAGGAAGUCCGUCUUAUUCCCUGGAGAUCCCCGCAGACAAGGCGAGCACCCCGCGUACCACGACCAUGACCUUCACCUGCUUUGUGUUCUUCGACCUCUUCAACGCCUUGACCUGCCGCUCUCAGACCAAGCUGAUAUUUGAGAUCGGCUUUCUGCGCAACCCCAUGUUCCUGUACUCGGUGCUGGGCUCCAUCCUGGGCCAGCUGGCCGUGAUUUACAUCCCGCCGCUGCAGAAGAUCUUCCAGACGGAGAACCUGGGUGCCCUCGACUUGUUGCUUUUAACCGCACUGGCUUCGUCCGUGUUCAUUUUGUCAGAGCUGCUCAAACUAUGCGAAAAGUUCUGUUCCAGAGCCGAGAAAGCCCAGGUUCCCCAGGAAGAUGCAUAGCGGCCCCCGCCUGCGUCCAACCCCUCAAUAAUCUCUAUUUUUAUGUGACUGUGGCCCUCCCCCAGCCCCCCCUCCCGAGGCACGCUUUUAGGACACCGUGCGGUAGGUCCCUCACCUGAUCUGCUUCUUGGGAAACCGGCAGGAAGCCUGGGCCCGGGCCCGCGUCCACCCCAACCUCUCCGGCUGAGCUCUGGAGACCGCAUGGCAACACCUUGCUAUUUAUUACAUCACAGUGAUUUUUCUUAA